UGGGUCUCCCGUCAAGGCCUCAACAUUUCCCCAUUUUCUGAAUCGAAGCUUCAUCUUCUUCGUUUUCUAAUCAAUCAAUCAUGGCUGAGAUCGAGUUGAAGACGGCACCGGGUGACUAUCGUUUCCCAACAACAAAUCAAAGCAGGCACUGUUUCACCCGCUAUGUAGAGUUUCACAGAUGUGUGGCAGCAAAGGGCGAUGAUGCUUCAGAAUGCGAGAAAUUUGCUAAAUUCUAUCGUUCUCUUUGCCCGGGUGAAUGGGUUGACAGGUGGAAUGAGCAGAGGGAGAAUGGGGUAUUUCCAGGUCCUCUGUGAUCUUAAGGAAGGAAAGGAGCCAUUGAAUUAUUUGUAUUUGGCUAAUAAGUUUUUUAUGGACAACUUGCUACAUCUCUCUCCAUUAUGUUGAAUGUUUCAAGUUACUGUUUCUGGUACUUGUUUGUUUUGGCACAAAAAUAUUUUAUCACCCCUCAUGAUUUCAUACUCUAUUCAUACAUUCUUUAAAGGGAGAAAGAAAUGAGCCGGUAUACGUGUG